CGAUGAAGCGGGUGACAAGACCUUUGUGGUAGCCCUAUAUGAGUUCAAGGCUGAGAGUGAUCGGGAACUGGAUCUGGUUAAAGGUGACAAAAUUGAAUUGCUCGAAAUUCUGGAUUCGAGUUGGAUGGAAGGACGUCUCAACGGAAAGGUCGGAGUAUUCCCAGUGGGCUAUGUCACAUACUGUUGA